UAGAUAUUAUUUAUUUUGUUGAAUUGGAUCAGACUUCUAUUUUUAAAUAAGUCCCUACAGCUACACUCUAAGAAUAGUGGUGUCUUGUCCUUUUUUGUCACUGGUCAUUGCACAGUGGCCACACCAGUUAGAGACAGAACCAAACAUUUGAAGAAAAACAAAUAAUGUAGACAGAUAAGCAAACCAGCUGAACAGUGUUUGGAACACAAACCAACUAGUAAUGUGUGCAUUUAAAAUUGAAAGACUGAGAAAAUUGUUGUUCAGCAGCUAUGCGUCUGGUAGUUUUACAGUUCCUGGCAGGAUUUUUUGGAGCUCUAAGCUCAGUGUUCCUCUUGGGAUCUCUUGGGUCUGAUUACUGGCUUAUGGCAUCUGAAUCUUGUGGAGAUGCUGCUCUUUUCAAAUUAUGGAGAGUCACAAAGGAUAUCUCUCAAGCACAACCAGAAAGUAGCAAUCAGGCUGAAAACUCACUUCUGUUCUACCAUGAGGGUCUUUUUUGGAGAUGUUCCUACCAUAGGGAUUCAAGUGGACAGCAGGGCAGCAUACUGGCUUUUUUAAUAACCAAUCAACCUUGCCAGAAGGUCUGCGUGCCAGCCUACUUGUCUCAUGCUCCAGUUUCUGGACUUCCCAAUAGUGUUCUAACCUCAGACUCUGCCACAGUGCAAAGGGCCUUUUGGUGUGUUAUAUUUGUGCUGGGUGUCAUCUUGGUUGUGACUGGUGGGUUUGUCACAAUUUGUGCAACCCCAGGGACCAGCCAUCGCCUUUAUGAGACUGGAGGGGCUCUCUUUAUAACCGGGGGAAUCUUAAUCAUGUCUGUAGUGAUGCUGUUUGCUGUGUGGGUCCAGGUCUCAGACUCUUUAGAGCGGUAUGGCCUCCAGCGCAGACGCUUAUGCAAUAAUCUGCAGCUCAGUGUGCACUAUGGUCCGUCUUUUAUGCUGGCUCCCACUGCUGCCUUCCUCUGCCUGCUUACUGGCCUUUUUCUCCUGCUUAUUCCAUCAGUCAGCAAAGCAUCAGCCAGAGACACAGAGAAUCAGCCAUUCUCACUGCGAGAGGAAUGUGUGUAGAGUUAUGUAAUAUUUUCCUCAAGUAUUUUUCUGAAUGUGUAGAGUUUUCUGCCCUCCAUAAAGAACAAAAGGAGAAUUCAGAGGACAUUUUACAUGAGAAUAUAAUUGAGAGUAAUCAAAUUUUUAUAACAUUUUCAUUAAAGCAAUAAUUAAAUGUAUCUGGGGGCCACAAGGGGGUGCUACAGGGUUUACAGAAAAGAUUUUGUAACUAUCCAUGAUAAUUUCAUCAAAUAUUUCAAAUAGCUUUUAAAGGUGGGACUUUUUCACUUUUUUUGUUCUACUGACACCCACAACUCUGAAAAGCUAUAGUUACCAUUCACUUUCACUGUAUCUAAAAGAGCAAAAUGUAAACCCCCAAAAUUUAGCAAAACUUCUAGUUUUGGGUAGAAGAAAAAAGUGGUAGAAGAAAAAGCUGAAUUGUUAUUUAUAUAUUUAUUUAUAUUAUUACCAGAUGCACUAUUUUUUUUAUGACUGUUAAAAGGCCAUAAUCAGAUACAGGUGGACAUUUUGAUCAAGCAUUAAAAUAGCAAAAACUGUAAAAACAGCCUAAACACACACACAUACAGUAUUUUUUUUUUUUUAUAUUUGCAUGUAUUUACAUGUAUAUAUUUAUAUUCAUAUAAUUUAUAUUAUAUAUUAAUAUAUUUAAUAUAUAAAAAUAGCAUAUUUUUCUUAAAUAUAUACAUGCACGAGUAUGUAUUUACUAUAUAUACAGUACAGACCAAAUGUUUGGACACACCUUCUCAUUCAAAGAGUUUUCUUUAUUUUCAUGACUAUUAAAAUUGUAGAUUCACACUGAAGGCAUCAAGGUGUGCAAACUUUUGGUCUCUACUGUAUAUACAUAAUAAAUAUACACAUUACACACAUAUAGUACAUUAUGUAAAUAAAAACGUUUAUUUUGGAUGCGAUUGAUCAUUUGACAGCACCAAUUAUACCAAUUAUAUACAUACAUAUACACACACACACACACACACAAAGUGAUAUAUCCUCCUGAUUACCAGUCCACUACUGAGUUUUGUCCUUUGUACUGGACAAUAUCUAAUCUGACUAAUUAUCAAAUCUGACUAAUUUUCAAAGUGUUUGUUAUAAAUCAUCAUCUGUGGAAAAUUAGAUGGGCUUUCAAAUCAAAAUAGAAUAUGACUUUCUGUAAUACAUUUCCACUGUAAAAAACACCAAGCAUGUUCAUUAGACAUUUUAGGAGACACAACAAAUGAAUAGGGAAAAAAUUAUUUACCUAUGAAAUAUUAUUUAUUAUUUUCUCAUGUAUUAUUAUCAUACCCGCCAAUUAUUACUGCCACUAUUACACUUAUUUUUUCAUUAUAUGUUGUCCCAAAAAACACAAUAAUAUGCAAAUUACAUACAAUUUAUAGAUACAUUGUAUAUAAAUGCAAAACAAUGCAAAAAAUGGUAUAGCAAAUCCUUCUGCUAUAUCUUUCAUAACAUAGUCGAGAAUCAUCUUUAUAUAAAGUUUGGUAUAAAAAAAAUAAAAAAUGUAUUUGUGAUUAAAACAAAAAUCUCAUUGUU